AUGAACUUUGAAGAUUUGUUCGGUAAAAGCACUUCCGUUGGGUCUAAAGACGGAGCUUCAAAUGUAUCUCAGAAACCAAAGGUUAACAGUCCGAUAAUGAAUGUUGCUAAUUUGGCUUUUAAUCAAGCAAGAGGUCAAGAUUCGGGUAGUAAUUCAAAUGUAGGAGACAAGUCACCAGUCGUUCAUUCUCGCACCUUUUCAGACACGCUGAGCGAAAGUCUGCGUGGGAUAAGAGCCUUCGCUCUAGAGCCAACUGAAACUUCCAAUCAAAGCGAUAGCUCGGGUUCCAGUUCCGAAGAAACAGAGUCAUCCGAUUCUUCAAUCACUCGUGUUGAGCAAGUGAAACCUAGAAUUAAAGUUAGUCCUGUUGUAGGUUCGGAGGCUGGAGGUGUUACAAAAAGUGUUGCCGACGGACAGGAGGGAGAUGCCAAAAAAUCCCGUGCAAAAGUUUCUUCGAAUAUGAUUAUAUCAGAUUUCAGUAACUUGAAGUUCUCACAGAAAAAGCAACAAGGUCAACAUGAACAAGGCUUGUCAGUUUGGUCAGAAAAUUUUUCAGAGAAACGGGACAAUCGGUCUGAAGUAUCUAGAAGUAGUGACCCGGGUCGCAAUAAUGCUCUCAGGGUCAAAGCAUCAGAAAAUACAAUAAAAACGCGGCAAAGGAGAACCAAUAGUAUAUCUGAUGAAUCACCUCGUAAAGUUUCGUUUAACUCUAAUUCCGAUGUUACUCUUAGGCCUGACGUUCGUUCGGACGUUUCGUGGGGGAGUGAUCCUGGUCAGAACACAAAUUCCAAGAAAUCUAUUCUUAAAUCAAAUACAUAUGACAAUCAAUCUCAUUACGGAAAAACUUCUUAUUAUAAUAAUAAUGAUGAAUGGUCGAACACGCCUUCAUCGCACAUGCCAAAGGCAAAGGCUUCCUCGCUGAUUAGUUAUAAUCAUUCCUUGCCUCACACCCAAGACAACACUCAAUACCGGAUGAACCCCAGGUAUGAUAGUAAAUCACCUGCGGGCACUCGAAAGACAUGGUCCGAUGUAAUAUACCGUCCCAAAAAUGUAUCCGAUCAAAAUGAUUUUGGCCCCUGUUAUCAAAAUCCUUCACGAGGGGAUUUGAAACAGCAUAAACCUAAAGUUUCGAUGAAUGCGAUGAUGGAUAUGACGAACGGAUAUUCACCUGCGCGAGUAGAGGAGUUAAUGUCGUUAUCUUCUGAUCCAAAGGUUCAACGCAAGUUCCUUGAUCUUAGAAUCUCCAAUAAAUCUCUCCUAUCUUUAAAUGCAAGUCUCGACGCCACUGUCAAAGAUCAAUCAUUGAAGUUGGCUAAUUUGCCAACAUUCGAGUCAAUCGCGUCAACACAACAACAACAGCUUGAUCAUAUUCUCAAGGUAGAAAAAUUAAUGGAUGCUUUGACCAAAAAGAUGUCGGAACAAGAAUCAGAGAUCAAAGAUCUCAAAGAGAAAUUGGAUCAGACGACGGAAGAAAAUCAAACGGCUCGGGUGAACUUAUUCUACGAUCCCAAAAUGCUGCCAUUAAAUGCUCUUCCUCGUCUGAUUUUCGAGAGAGUGCACGACGAUAUCACAGUUUUCUUUGCUGUGAUUACUUCGCUUAUAUACACCAUUUAUGUGUUUCCGAUCGUUGUGAUGGCCAAAUCCGCUCAAACACUAGCUGAAAAAUCGAGAGCUAAAAUUCAUGAAUUAUCUGGAUAA